AUUCCCAUUAAAAAGACUACACAUUUCCAAUUCACUUCCCUUCUGUCAACACACCCAAUUUCUUUCUUUUGACAAUUUCAAUAUUCUGGCUGUUUAGAUCACAUUUCCAAUCUUUUCUCUCACUUUUUUCCCAAUUUUUCGCUUUGAUUUUUUGUUUCCUUGCCGGACCUACAGAUUUUCAGGCAACAAAUCAAAGGAAAUUUCAGUUCUGAUCUCCCCCUUCCCCGCCGCCGACUCUCAGUUUUUUUGUGACUAAUGUCUACCAGCUCGUUCAAGCAAGAGCAUGAUUUUGAAAAGAGACACGCUGAGGCAGCCCGGAUUAGAGAAAAAUACCCAGACAGAAUUCCAGUAAUUGUGGAGAAGGCAGAAAGAAGUGAUAUUCCCAACAUUGACAAGAAAAAGUAUCUAGUGCCUGCUGACCUGACUGUUGGUCAAUUUGUUUAUGUUAUCCGGAAGAGAAUAAAAUUGAGUGCAGAAAAGGCAAUUUUCAUAUUCGUGGACAAUGUGCUACCACCAACAGGAUCACUGAUGUCUGCAAUCUAUGAUGAGAGGAAGGAUGAGGAUGGGUUUCUGUAUGUUACAUACAGUGGAGAAAAUACAUUUGGGUGACACCUACAAUAGUAUGCAGUUUGCUGCUCCCUCCCUUGUUUAUUAUUAUCUUCAAUCUUCAUCAUUCUCAGCAACCCAUUGAUCAUCUCUGUCACUGUUUCUGCCAAGUAUAUGCCAAAUCGUGUUUGUAAAUAAAUUGUACAGUCGAAGACAGACUUAUAUAUAUAUGUAUAUCUCUGAAAAACUUUGAUGCCUAGUCAUUGUAAUCCCCUUGGAUUUUAUCUAAUGAAGUGGUAAGUUGUAAGUUGUAACCUUUAAAGCCUCGAUGGCCUUGUCAAGAAUAUCGGCGAUGAAAUUGAAGUUCAAAGUCGACAUCUUGAGCGAUCAAAACCAGAUUGAAACUAUGAAUUGAUCAUCUCAACUUACUGAA